AUGCUGUCGAUUUUAAGGAAAGCGCGCUUGAAGGACAAAGAGAUGCGAAUCUUGAUGUUGGGUCUGGACAACGCUGGCAAGACCACGAUCGUCAAAAGAAUCAUGAAGGAAGAUGUCAACGAAGUCAGCCCAACACUGGGUUUCAUCAUCAAGACAAUCGAUUAUGAAGGAUACAAACUGAAUAUCUGGGAUGUCGGCGGCCAGAAGACGCUCCGCACGUACUGGAAGAACUACUUUGAGAAGACAGACACGCUCAUCUGGGUGGUCGACUCCACCGAUCGAGAGCGUCUGGACGACUGUCGUCAGGAGUUGAAAGGACUCCUGGUGCAGGAACGUCUCAUGGGUGCGUCCCUCCUCGUCUUCAAGAACAAGAGCGAUGUAUCCGGAUGCAUGAGUGAGGACGACAUACGCGAGGGAUUGCAACUGGACAGCAUCCGAACGCACAAAUGGCAUAUCUUGCCAUGCUCUGCGAUGACCGGUCUCAAUCUUGAGGAAGGCCUUCAAUGGGUCGUUCAGGACGCGAAAGAUCGCCUGUUCCUAUACUGA